AUGGGCUCGAAACGCAUUCAAAUGGAACCCACGCAUGUCAUCAUGACACCCAACCAAGUUUUAGCUGUGAAUACGAGUCUGAUCUACGCGUGGCAAUUUUUCAAUCCGAAAAAUCUGAUUGGAAUGCGAUCGGCGCUGACUCCCUUAGCCAGUAGUCAUUAUGAAGGUUCUGAAAGAUUAUGUCAUAUUGAUCAAACCUCAACUACAGACGAAUCACUUGGUGGCAGUGGUGGUGUUGGUCAAGGAGCCGGUUCAAAAGGUGCGGUCAAUUGGGAUCAGCAUAUCAGAAACGCUUCCAAUGAUCCGAUUUGCACAGCUGCUAUUGGCGGUCGACGUCAGCUGUUCGUUGCUCGAUCUUCCGGUCAAAUCAAACAAUAUCGAUUACCUGAUCUUUGGCUCGAGGAUACAUUGAAAACUACGGAUACAAAACCGUAUAGGCUACAAGUAAAUUGUGACUCCAGUCUUCUGGCCGUGAUUGAUGAAUCCGGAUUGUUAACGUUGCAUCCAGUGAAAGGAGAGAACGGAGAAUCGGUUGCCAUGGACAGGAAGCAACUGUCGAGUUUCCUACGCAAAGAUGUUUGGGAUGUAAAAUUUGCUGAAGAAAGUCCGCAAAUGUUUGCCAUUAUGGAGAAAACACGCAUGUUCAUCUUUGACGGACUACAACCGGAACCCCCGGUACACACAUCCACAUUUUUGUGCCAAUUUAACAAUCUGGAAGUUUUCGGUGUACUACUGGAUGAACUUGUUGCUUUGGCAGAUCAACCCUCGACGGACUGUUUACUGCGAGUACCCGUUAAAAUUCUUCGGGACUGUGAAACUUUGUUUGAUCAAGAAGGUCCAAUUAAGGCACUGGAAUUUAUCGAGGCCAAUCCUCAUCCACGUUUAAAACGCCUUCUGAGCGAGCGAUGUCUGGAGCAACAGAAUUUGGAUCUGGCCGAACUGGGCUUCGUUCAGUGCCAGAACUAUGCCGGGAUACAGUUUGUGAAACGUCUGAGAAAUAUUCAGUCCAAAGUGAUUCGAAAGGUUUGUCUAUGGUUGUUGGAUAUUCAACUGAUGUCAAAACGGUUUUCUGUUUACUAG